UGAACGCAACAGGGAGAAAGAGUCCAGAAAGCAACAGGAACAAAGUUGUGGGACCUGAGUGAACAUCGCUGCGGUGUUCACCCGUGAAAUUUAAUAACCAUCUCUCCGUGUGCCGGACACAGGCAGCCGUGUGCUUUUAGGUCCACGGCCGCUGUGCUUUGCUUUGCAUUGCAGAAAAGUGAAGCAUUUAUUUGGGUGUACAUUGUGGAGUCUGGAUGCGCAUGAGGACGGCUGUCUUUACGAGCUAGCGUUUAACUUUCGUUAGUUAAAAACAGCGCCGCAGAGAAAAUGCCUUAAACUGGUUCAAGUGGCGGACUUUGAAGACGCUUCAGUACAUUUUCCAGCCUGUUUGUGUCCAUACUCUCCACGUUUUGGACUUGUUUUGAGGGAACACGUCUCCUGAGCCCUUGGUGACAGCAGAGGUGGAGAAAGAGGGCUGUUCCACUGCACAUCAAGAGGCUUGGAGGUUUAUCACACAGUUUCACCUGUUCCAACAGUGGAUUAAUUGGCAGUAAUGGCAUCACAUGGUGACAUCGCAGAAGGAGGAGCCAAUGAAGAGUUCAGCGACAUCAUCAAGUGGAGAUCUGAUGAGCAUGAUGCAGUGCAGAAGAAAACGUUCACCAAAUGGAUAAAUGCACAGUUCUCCAAGACGGGGAAGACGUCCAUCAAAGAUAUGUUCUCUGACCUGAGGGAUGGGAGGAAGCUGCUGGACCUGCUGGAGGGUCUCACUGGCACUGUCCUGACAAAGGAGCGAGGUUCCACCAGAGUGCAUUCUCUCAACAACGUCAACAGAGUACUUCAAGUGCUGCAUCAAAACAGCGUGGAUCUGGUAAACAUAGGAGGCACAGAUAUUGUGGAUGGGAACCAUAAGCUGACCUUAGGCCUCAUCUGGAGUAUUAUCCUUCACCUGGCAGUUGAUUACAGCUCCGCCCAGCCAGAGACCCGCAAGAAGAGCAGCAGCAGACAGAGGCUCUAG